AUGCUGUGCGAGAAAAACAGGUUUCUUGUCCUAUGCCUGCCACCUUACAACACCUUCGACGGACCCGGGUUUCCCGCUUGCAAUGCUGUUUCGCAGAUCUACCGGCCUUCGACGGUUGACGAGAUGAUCAACAUUAUCAAGAAUGCCAGUGCUAACGGCAUUCCGGUACGAGCCAGCGGCGUAAAUGACACGAUGUGCUCAGACGACCCUAAUACAAUCAUAAUUAAGACCGACGCUGUUAACGGCAUCUCUAAUCUCCAGCUGACAGAUGGUAUCGGAAGUGUAGUUGUUGAGGCCGGCGUCACAUUUCCACAGUUGGCAGAAUGGUUACAUGAACGUGGUGCAGCACUGGGAUACACUCUUGUUAAUUGGAACAUUACCAUAGCCGGCGCCGUUGCUAUGGGGGCCCACCGGUCCUCCUUACGUGAAGACUCGCAGGUGUCUAGUGCCGCGGGCGAUCUUGUUCACCUUGAGAGGGACCAAACCAACGACACCUGGCUAGCCGCCACCACAUCGCUCGGGCUGCUCGGAGUCAUCGCUCGAGUGGAAAUUGCGGUCGUCUCAGAUUACAAGGUGUACGCGAAUCAGACCAUCUUAGAUGAGGACGACGUCUUGAAUGGAGAUAUAUAUGCACAAAUUUCACCGUAUGUGACUGCAAACUAUUGGGGUUGUUUUCAUCUUCGAACGUACGGCUCAUUUCAUUUUCAGUCCACAUUUUCUCUGACUGAUAUCGAAGCAAGCUCGCGCUUAUCUUACUCAAUGCCGGUCAAAAACCUCAGCCUUCCCAACUUUUUCAGCGAGAGUGUGUUGUACCGCCAUCUGGACAGCUCCGAACUUCCAUGGUGGGUGGUCAUCGUCGCUAGAAUAGUUACAGCCGCUGAUUUGUUGUUAGAGAAAACAUAUGACGUACCUCUCUUCAGCUGGCCUGUUUAUGGAAACAGCUUACGAUCCAAUCAGCUCCUAAAGCGCGUUCGUGAACUGUUCGAUCAGUCGGCGGCUGACGGCAAGGCGGUAACAUCGACGUAUCGAAGCUUUUUAGGUCAGACGACUGAACGUGUCGGCGAAGUUCCCGGUGACUGGUCUAAGGGCGCUAUCAUGUUUGAUUUCCCAACCUUCCGGCCAACCUUGGGCGACCACCAUCGCUAUAACGAAGAAUGGUGGACGAAUUCCUCCCGUCCCAUUUUCCCAGUCCGUCCGCACUGGACCAAGAAUACUCGUUCGAUAUUCGAACAGUCUUUGAAGAAUCUUGAUCAGGAUAGCUUGUCCCGAUUUGCAGCGGUCAGGAAGCAGUUUGACCCCAAUGGCACUUUCAAGAGUGUCGUUGGAGAGAUUAUUGGCGUCAUGUGA